GAGGACUAGUCGCACUGUGGAUCAUGGCUCCUCUCGGGCUAAAAGCGAUUGUCGGAGAAAAGAUUAUGAACGACGUCAUCAAAAAGGUGAAAACUAAAGGAGAAUGGAAGGUGCUGGUGGUAGACAAACUGAGCAUGAGAAUGGUGUCUUCUUGCUGUAAAAUGACAGAUAUUAUGUCUGAAGGAAUCACAAUUGUUGAGGACAUCACUAAACGGCGUGAACCCCUUCCUACAAUGGAGGCCAUUUAUCUUUUAACCCCAUCGGAUGAGUCUGUGGAGGGACUCAUUAAUGAUUUCAGAGAUCCCCGUUCCCCGGCAUACAGAGGAGCUCAUGUCUUCUUCACAGAUGCGGUUCCAGACUCGUUGUUCAGCCUCCUCACCAAAUCCCGAGCAGCCAAAGUGAUAAAGACUCUGACUGAGAUUAACGUCGCCUUCCUGCCCUAUGAGUCACAGGUGUUCUCUGUGGACAGAGUCAAUGUCUUUCAGGACUUUUACAGCCCAUUUAAGGCAGAUGUAAAAAAACAGAUGCUGGAGCGCUUGGCAGAGCAGAUCGCCACCCUCUGUGCUACCCUGAAAGAAUAUCCAGCAGUCAGAUACAGAGGAGAGUAUAAAGACAAUGCCAUUCUGGCUCAGAUGCUGCAGGACAAACUGGAUGGCUACAAAGCUGAUGAUCCCACCAUGGGUGAGGGACCGGAUAAGGCUCGCUCUCAGCUGCUGAUUCUGGACAGAGGAUUCGAUCCAGUCUCGCCACUGUUACACGAGCUCACCUUCCAGGCCAUGGCCUAUGACCUGCUUCCCAUCGAGAAUGAUGUCUACAAAUACGAGACAACUGGAAUAGGAGACACUCGUAUGAAGGAGGUGUUGCUGGAUGAGGAUGAUGACCUGUGGGUCACGCUCAGGCACAAACACAUCGCUGAAGUCUCUACGGCUGUGACAAAAUCGCUAAAGGAAUUCUCUUCUAGUAAAAAGAUGAACACAGGAGAGAAGACCACCCUAAAGGAGCUGAGCCAGAUGCUGAAGAAGAUGCCGCAGUACCAGAAAGAGCUGAGCAAGUAUUCUACUCACCUGCACUUGGCAGAGGACUGUAUGAAGCACUACCAGGGCACAGUGGACAAACUCUGCCGUGUGGAGCAGGACAUGGCCAUGGGUGCAGAUGCAGAAGGAGAGAAGCUCAAAGACCCCAUGAGAGCGAUAGUGCCCAUCCUCCUGGACUCCAACGUCACCAUCUUUGACAAGAUCCGCAUCAUUCUACUCUACAUCUUCCUCAAAAAUGGUGUAACUGAGGAGAACCUCUGUAAACUUCUUCAGCAUGCACAGAUCCCUCCAGAGGACAGUGACAUCAUCUCCAACAUGGCUCAUAUGGGAGUGCCCAUCAUCUCAGAACAAUCCACAACACGAAAGAAGAAAGCUGAUCGUAAGGAACGAAUCAGCGAGCAGACCUACCAGCUCUCCAGAUGGACUCCUCUGGUGAAAGACAUCAUGGAGGAUGCCAUCGAAGACAAACUGGAUCCAAAACAAUAUCCAUACAUCUCUACACGUACAGCCUCGUGCAAAACCACAACGGCUACCAGUGCACGGUAUGGAAACUGGCACAAGAAUAAAAGUCCAGGAGAAAUGCGAACAGGUCCUCGGGUCAUCGUUUUCAUCAUCGGGGGCGUGACCUACAGCGAAAUGCGCUGCGCCUACGAGGUGACGCAGGCCAACGGCAAAUGGGAGGCUCUUAUUGGUUCUACACACGCAAUCACCCCUAAUAAAUACUUGAAGGACCUGCAGCACCCGGACUUCCUGGACCCUAACGCAGCUCCGGAGGACCAGGUCACUGCUGAAGACUGAAACACUUCAUGUCUAUUUCUCAGGAGUGGAAUCCCUAGAUCCUUUAUUAGCCCUUAUCCACUGGCAUGGUGCUGGUGUGUCAUUUUGUCCAUAAAAAAAAAAAAGCACAAGAUGAUUUUUUUUUUCUUUCCUUACCAUUUUCCAGUCAUUCUUUUAAAGGUGAGAAAGCCAAUAUGGGGUCAGAAGGCAAUGCAGCUUUGUAUUUGCACUGAUUUGUGGCAGAGACCCACUCAGCUAGCCAGUUUUAAGCUAGGUGUAAUAGAUGAUGUGUAGUUUUAUUAUCCCACAGGCAGGCAGGAAGUUUAAGAUCAAAGUCAGUGAGGGUCAAACAUCGUAAAAAAAAAAGGCACAGACAACUUAUAGGACUUAAAUAAAAAGUCAAAAACAGCAUAAUAAGAUUUGUUCAUUAUCAGGGGCAGAAUGCAAAACUGAGCAGUGUGAGAUUGGAAACAGGUGAGUAAUGCUCAGUAGCGUACACAUCUAAGGGUACGCAGUUCUGGCAUACCUGCUACCUCCGGUGUCAGCUUGAUGUCAUAAGAACUGUCGCUACUUUGCAAGAACCCAAACGUAUAACAUGACUGUUCGUACUUGUUCUUCAUGCGAUUAGGCACGAGUAAUGGAACUGAAUCAAGAAAAAUAUGGGAAAUGAUAUGGCAAUGAUAUAUAAUGGUAUAACCUGAUAGCUCUGUUUAGUAAUCAGGUAUAGCUAAUAUUAUCAUUUGUAGCACAUAUAUAACUUGUAAAUGAUCCUUAGAAACGCCGUCACUAUCAGUUGAAAGACAGAAGACAGAGCACAGAGGAAGAUGGAUUCUAAAUUAUAAAGCCUGAACUCAUACAGCCUACGCUCUUUAUUUUAAUACUCAAGUUUGUUUCUGUGAUUACAGAUCAAAUGGAACACGGCGUAGUAUGAUAAUACAUAUUAUGUGAUAAGUAAUGUAUUUCUUUUUUCGGCAAGUAAUCCAUAAGAAGUAAUAUAGUAGUUCUGUGGAGUGAUAUUUCACAUAUUACAACACUCUCGGUGUGAAAAUACAUUCUACUGUUGCCUCACAGCAAGAAGGUCCUGGGUUCGAAUCCCGGGUUCGAACAGGCAGGAGCCUUUCUAUGUGGAGCUUGCAUGUUCUCCCUGGGUACUCCGGUUUCCUCCCACAGUCCAAAAACAUGUACAUUAGGUUGAUUGGUGAUUCUAAAUUGCCCAUAGGAGUGAGUGAGUGUGAGUGUGUGUCUAUAUGUGUGGCCCUGUGAUGGACUGGUGACCUGUCCAGGUUGUACCCCUGCCUUUCGCCCAAUGUGUGCUGGAAUAGGCUCCAGCAGAUCCCCGUGACCCUAAUAAGUACAUGUACAUUUCUGUAAUUGUCACAAUUAAUCAUGAAACCAGGGCCAUUGCGUUUCCAUCAGUGAGUAAACUAUGGAUAUCAUGUCAUAAUGUCACCAUUUUAGAUGUCUAGAGUAAAUAGACUUGCCAUUGCCAUCGUAUCAGUGGUGUUGCAUUCUGGGUAGUGUAGUCCAUUGCGGCACUUGACUGCAGGCUGUAGAGUAUGUUUUGAAAAAAAUGUUAGCAACAGCACAGUGAGUGAAGUGUGAUGAAAUGUAUUCAUCUCCUCAAAAACUGUCGAGUCAGUGUUAUAGAUUAACAAGAGAAUAUAUAUCUGCGUGUUUAUUUAUCUAAGGCAAAUACUUGUAUAUAUAGUAGAUGAGUGUCCUAGUGAUGUAAUGCCAUUCCCUGAUCUCAGGGUUGAUGAGUUUUCCUAGCUGGAGGUAAAAAAAAAAAAAAAAAAAAAAUCCCAAGAAGUUUAGUUCAACACAGCGUUCAUCCCAAUGCAACACUUUCAACACAUAUUCAGGCAGCAUUGUGUUUAAUAUAAGAAAUGGAAAUCAAAAAAGCCAACUCAUUCAUUGUGGAUUUUCUUCUAAACAGUGAACAAACUCCAGCACGAUGCCACUGGAAAAGAGGUAUAAAUAUAUCCAACCCAUAGACUUCCUUCCUUCUGGAGACAUAAAUAAAAUAAAAAUAAAAUUCAUUCAUGUUCAUAGAAAUGUACUACAGUCAUUCCAGUUUAGAACAAAAUAGUGAUUGUUCACAGCUUGUGUAGUUUUUUUCUUCCCCCUGAAGUUUACAUUCAGUCAUUUAUUAGAUGGAUUAUUAGAUCCAUCAUUUAUGGAUAUAUAGAUGUGUCUGUGAGAUUUAUUAAAAGUGUCUGUGUAUAAAAAAAGGCAAGCUGGACAGUUUAGUUGUGCCACUCGAAGUUUUUCAUCCAGUUACAUAACUCGUCACGCAGGGUGAAUCGACACUACCUCCACUUUUAUCUCAAAAUAACAAUUCAGCUAAAUAUAUAUGAGUGUGAUGAGGUGAGCAAUCGUACAGCAGUAGAUGAGUAACAUGAAAAGAUAGAGGUGUCAAAUUAUAUAAUUGAAAUUAUAGUUUUAAAUUAAAAUGGUGGGUUUUGGGGCCACUACAUGAUCCAGAAUAUGAAGAAAAUGUGAAUUAUUCAAAUGAAAUUAUUAGCAAAGAUUCGAAUUUAUUGAGAAAUUAUUCGGAUUAUUCAGUCUUUAAUUAAUUAAUUAAUUUGCAUUGUGUUUCUAUUGUGUGUCGAUUAUUAAUAUUCUCUGAUAGUGUUUGUUGAAAGUUUGUUUAUUUUGAUCUGCUUUCCCUUUUGUUACUAUUGUCCCAAAAAUAUGGAAAAAAUAAAUUAUGACUUAAUUGUUAAUUCAAUUAAGAAUUAUUAUAUGUACACAAAGGCUGUAAGAAUAAUAUCUUCCGGCAGAAAUAAUAAUAAUUAGUGCGGUUCUGAUGUCUAAUAAAAAGGUGUGUGUAUCUGUGUGGAUAUGUUUUUAGUCAUUUGUGAACAG